UGUCCAUGUUCUGCUUGCUAGCAGUUUGCUGGCGGCAACUGAUAAGCCCACAGGUACAUACCUGUCAGCAUGUAAAAUGAUAAGGCAAGGGACCUGGACAACACGUCCGGAUUGGCGCGUGUGAAGGUGCCAACACGGAACCUAAAGCUACUGCGGCAGCGGCUUGAGCAUGGAUACCGCACCUCAUACCUAGCCCUUACCUUACAUGCCUGUGAAAUUGAGGACAAGGCUGCCUUGAGGUGGCUAUUUCAUCAGCUUGUUGCGCAGAGUAAAAUAUUUAUUAACCUUGACAGAAGUGGAGGAGGGAGUAAUUGCCUAGGUUGAGCCCAUCAAAGGUUGGAAGUCUGGUCACUGACUCACUCUGGGCCAAGCAACCAAGCAACCAUCGACUCAAUCAUGUUCAAAUCAUGGUAUGACCAUCACGACGAAAAGAUCCAGUUCUGGCUCGAGUUCCAGACCGUCCACGACGGCCUCGACGCCGACCAGAACCAGACCUCCUCGUCCCCCGCGGCCACCUUCACGCUCUUUGGCGCUCUUCCCGCCGAGCUCCGACUCAAAAUUUGGGAGAACCUCAUCCAGCCGCGCGUCAUCUUAGCCGCCUGCUUCGACUCUCGCUUCCAAGACGAGAAGCGGGCGCAACUGGCCCAGCGGCCCAAGAAGCGCUCGGUGCCCGUGCUGCUCCACGUGAACCGCGAGUCGCGCAUGCUCGCCCUCCGCCACUACGAGCCAGCCUUCUCAUGGAAGCUCCCGACGCGGCUCGCGGGCCCGGAGACGGGCGUGCUGCGGUCCAGCAGCGAGGCGCGCGUGUGGUUCAACUUUGGCCUCGACGCGCUGCUGCUGCUGGGCGAGCUCGAGCCCUACGACCAGUACGGCUUCAACGCACCUAUGGUCUACUUUUUGCGCAAGGACGACACGCGGCGCGUCCGCCAUGUCGCCUGCGCCUUUGAGGAGCUGCACCUGAGCCUCUACGAGUCGGACCAGGUCUUUGGCUCCCUCUUUCACAUCAUCGACAUGUUCCCCGCCGCCAAACAGCUUCUCAUCACGAGCACGCCCCGGGAUGCCGAGGUGCGCCACUUGGCGCUCCCAACCUCCGACAAUGUUGUUCAAAAGCUGUGGUGUGCCUUCAUGAACGGCGCUACCGUGACCUCUGCGCUCGCAAAGAGACAGAUACUCAUGAUCAGGGAAGAUGACUUGGCGUCUUUCAUCACAUCGAACAACUAGCCCCUUGCGUCUUCCUUCGCUAUAACCGUUUCCUGUUUUUCUGCCCUCUAUUUGAUGGAGGUAUUGCUCGAGGAACCCUCCUCGCUUGGUUAUACCUCAUUCCACGGUUCGAAACCUAUCCUUCAUGCCCCUUAGUGUGGCACCCGAGAGAAAACGACAUCUUGCCCUUGGCUUUCCAAAUUCCAAUGAACCAGCCCACGCCACGCUCCGCAACAACAAUCCUCUGACCAGGAAAUCACUCGUGUGCGCAUGGCGUUUACAGGCGUUUACAAUCCUUCCAACGUGUGGUUAUCUCUCACAUGCAGAGCCGGCAGCGUUCACGGGUCGGCCCGACGUCGACCGCCACUAAACUUGACCUAGC